AUGUAUCCUAUGAUUGGUCUUAGAGUUUUGUACGAAGCAUGGAAGCGUGACCCAAGCUCCGAUUCCCGCUCCAGAAGCGGAAGCGGAAGCGGAAUCGCUGUGGAAUCGCGGUUCCUGAAAAAAGGGAUAUGGAAGCGCACAAGAAGCGAUGGUUCCGAUUUGGAAGCGCUAAAAGUAAAUGAAUCAGAAGCGUUUUCUUCUUCUCUCUCUUAUUUCUUUCUCCUCCGCCGUCCAAAGAGGAAACGUCUAUCGGAGAACUUCGAGAUGUCGACUGGAUUAGAUAUGUCUCUCGACGACAUGAUCGCCAAGAACCGUAAGUCUCGUGGAGCUGGUCCUACCCGUGGAUCCGGAUCCGGGCCGGGUCCUACUCGCCGCAACAACCCCAAUCGGAAGACGAACCGAUCCGCUCCAUACCAAUCGUCCAAGGCGCCGGAGUCCACCUGGGAACACGACAUGUACUCCGACAGGUCAGAAGGUCUUCCCCGAUCCGGCCGUUCCUCUGCCGGAAUCGAGACUGGAACGAAGCUCUACUUAUCUAAUUUGGAUUACGGGGUCAUGAACGAUGACAUCAAGGAGCUGUUUGCUGAAGUAGGGGAGCUUAAACGCUACACAGUCCAUUUCGACAGGAGUGGAAGAUCAAAGGGAACUGCUGAAGUUGUGUUCUCUCGGCGUGGUGAUGCACUCGCAGCAGUGAAGAAGUACAACGAAGUUCAGCUAGAUGGAAAACCGAUGAAGAUAGAAAUUGUGGGCACCAAUCCUCAGACCGCUGCAGCUCCCGGAAAUGGAAACUCCAAUGGUGCUGCAAGGCGAGGAGGACAAGGGAGAGGUGGUCAACAACGUGGUGGUGGUCGUCGUGGAGGUGGAGGUGGACGCGGCGGUGGUGGUCGUGGUGGCAGGCGUCCUGGUAAGGGUCCUGCGGAGAAGUUAUCUGCUGAAGAUCUUGAUGCAGAUCUUGAUAAGUACCACUCAGGAGAUAUGGAGACAAACUGA